AUGAAGGACCGCAGUGGUUCGACUGCGCUGACAAUUGUGAUCAAAGUGGGCACCUCUAGCCUGGUGCGCCCGGAGCAGAACACCCUCAACCUCAGCAAUCUCGCACGCCUUUGCGAGGUGGUACGCGACCUGCAUGCAGACGGCCACAAAGUGGUCAUCGUCAGCAGCGGUGCUGUGGGGGUGGGCGCACAGCGCCUGGGCCUCUCUGCCCGCCCCAAGGAGCUGUCGCAGAAGCAGGCUCUCGCCGCCGUGGGCCAAGUCCACCUCAUGCGCUUCUAUGAUGACUUCUUCUCUGCGCUGGGCCUGGUGCUGCUGUCGCUGGGCAACCUGGCCAACCGGGGGCAGUAUCUGAACGCCAGCAACACCUUCACGGAGCUCUUCAACUAUGGCACUGUGCCCGUUGUCAAUGAGAAUGACACAGUGGCUGUUGAGGAACUGCGAAUUGGCGACAAUGACACACUCUCUGCCCAGGUUGCAACGCUGGUGCGGGCGGACUGGCUGUUCCUCCUGACAGACGUGCCCAGCCUGUUCACGGCCAAUCCAUCCACAGACCCCUCCGCGAAACCCAUCCAUGAAGUGCAUGACAUCGCCGCCCUACAGGUGGACACGAGCGUACCAGGGACACAAUGGGGCACAGGGGGAAUGGCGACUAAGCUGACGGCGGCGCGGCUGGCCACUGCGGCUGGCUGCCACAUGGUCAUCUGCCAGGGGUCGCUCCCCGAGCACAUCCCUGCCAUCCUGCGCGGCGAAAAGUCCGGCACCGUCUUCUACCCACACCUCCAAGCCCUCAAGGGCCGCAAGCGCUGGAUACUGAGCGUGCCGGUGAAGGGCGCGGUGCGGCUGGACGCCGGUGCGGUGCGGGCGGUGUGCGAGCGCUCCAAGUCCCUGUUCUCGGCCGGCAUCGUGGCCGUAGCGGGCGACUUCAACGCGCAGGACGCCGUGCAGCUGUGCGACGCCGACGGCCGCGAGCUCGGCCGCGGCCUCUGCAACUACUCCGCCGCUGAGGUUGAUCAAAUCAAGGGCAAGUCGUCCAAGGAAUUUGUCAGCGAGCUGGGCUAUCUGGGAGAGGAGGAGAUUGUGCACAGGGACAACAUCUGCCUGCUGUCCCAGCGCCGCUUCCAGGCCAACUUCUCGGAGGCCACCCUGCCAGAGCAAGGGGGAGCGGAGGAGGAGGAACAAGAGGAUGAUGAGGAAGGAAGCGAGGAGGCGGACCUUCAGGAGAGGCAGGCCUCCAUAGACAAUUCUACAGGCAUCGCGGCAGCCGACGCCGAGGGCAGCAGGGCCAGCAUCAACGACAGCUUUGGGCGGGACCCCGAGCAGGAGGAGGGCAGCAGCCACUUCAGCUUCAUACCCCGGCCGCUGCCCCUGCACGGCAGGCCAGGAUCCGACGAUCUUGGCGCCAGGCUAGCCAUCCUGCGGGACAGGGAGCGCAAGGCUGACGGUGGCAGCGGUGCGCUGUGGUCUGGCGAGAGUGCUUCUGUGCCGAGCCGCGUGCAUGUGCUGCCAAGGAUUGAUGACAACGUCGUCUUUGACGCUGGGCCAUUCAGCCCUGGAAAACUGAUCCCAGGGAGUUGGCAGGGCAACAGCACACUGGGAGGCGAGGGGGAUGUGCUGCAGCGGCUGAGGGAACUGCAGGAGCGUGACGCCAAGGCGGCAGGGCCGGGGGAUGAAGAGUUCCAGGAUUGGAAGGCGCAGCUUUCCAAAGCUGCUGCCCUGGAGCGUGACGGUGAACCAGCCGGUGUGAACAUUCCCUUCAGCAACAGGCGGGAUAGCAGCAGCAGCGCAGGGAGCCUGGCCAUGAGUGGAUCGUGGAGGCCCUCGAUGGGGCGAGACAUCCCCGUCAAGGUUGUCCGGGGCCGCCAGCACGGAUCCAGCAAUGCCCUCAACCUGAUGCAUGCGCUCAGUCCAGCCUCAUGCGACAUAAGUGAUGGCGGCUGGCUGCCCAGAUGAGCUUCUGAGCACUAUGGCUCCCAGCAUGUUUGGCAGGGAGUUGGGUGCAGGGCAAGAGGUGCAUGCCAUUCCUCAAUAUGCCUUGAAGCAGUAUGCUUGUCUUAGAAGGCAAACAAAAAAAAGGGCGCCUUGAACGAUUCCUUGCUCAGAUCAUUGCUUUGUUUUCCUGAAGUACAAGAUUCAUUCGUGCUGUUGAGGCCCAUCUUAUUGAGCGUGAUUGUGUUCUGUGCGAGACUGUAGAAUAAUCAGAGGGUCCUGUGCUUAUCCUGGUAAUAGUACUUCACGUUCAGGAUCGGAUUUUGAGGUAGGUCUUCUGGAUGGGCAAGCUUGAAAUGUAGGACACGUUCAUUACAGAAAAUUGUUGCAGUCUUAGCAUCGUCAAUUGCGCUUGAACAAGCUGCGGAAAACUUGUCCGCUUUCCUGCAAUGUGUGAAUCUCCCGCUCGGUAGGAACACCCUGCAUGCAGACUGUGACUUAGUGGGAGAGGGAUAAGCUUCUCUUUAGCUUUGUGUAUUUACAUGCAGGCUUUGAGCGUCAGAGUGUCAGAAUUGCUGUCAAAUGAUUUGUAACGCAACCAG